AAACAUCUGAGUUUAAUAUAGGGAAAUUCGUGAGGAAUGAUUGACACAAGUUAGGCUAUCUUGAAAAAAAAUGUAAAAGGCUAAAUGGAGCAAUUUGAAUGUCUGAGUAAGUGGGCCUAACUGAUGGGGUGUAAACAUGAAAAGGACUUAGCAAGAGAUCUCCAAGCCCAUUAUGCAUAAUCUUGGUUUUUGGUCCUUGGUCCUAUUUUUUUUGAUUUUUUAUUAUUAUUGAUUUUUAUUUAAUUUAAAUCAAAAUAAAUCAAAAUCAAAACAAAUCCAAAUGAAAUAUCAAAAAGGAAGAAUGAUGUACGUGAAUUUUCUCAAAACAGCAAGAUUUAAAUCUCUUCCAAAUCAAAUCUCCAAUUACUCAAUCUCAUGGAUUCAAUCAAAAAUUUCUCACACAAUCUCCAUAAUAACAGAGAUUUGACUCAAUUUUGCAAAACCUAAUUCAAGGCAUAUAUAUGUCCAAGCCAAAAACAGAGAGGGGGAUUUUUUUCGGCUGCAGUCAGAAACAUCACAAAACCGUGAAAAGGUUACAUAGCAGACGAAAUUCUAAGACGAAUUCGAGCCAAGCAAAGUCUAGUAAUUAAUUCCUCAGAACUUUCUGGGCGCAAUUACAUCAUCUCUUCCGAACCAGACGCGACAAAAUCAUCUCUGCAUUCGCGGUCUAUUGCUACAUGGAAGAACCGUGUGUAAAAGAUUCAGUCUUCACGAGGAAGACGAUGGCCUGAACGCGAAGCUGUGUUGAUUUUUUUUUUUUUGUCCUUUUGUGUUACGUUUUUGUUAUAUCUUUUAUUUGUCCCAGGCCAAUAUCACAUAGCGAGUGUGGCAAGGAUGGUAAGAAACGUGUGAUUGAAGCAAAGGAACCUGGGAUCGAAUCCAGGCUUCCUCGUUUUUUCUUAUAAUUUCUUGUUCAUAGAUAUAGUGUUCCUACUCUAUGCGAGAACACAACGUACUCUCAUAUCUCCACCGUUAGCUGCCCACGGCGCGAGAUCUGAAGGCUGCGAUUGAUAUGUUCCAUGGUGCACUCUCAAUGGCGCAACACAUAGAAUCCAAAGCUAAGUUUUAUUUUUAUGUAUGUGUGUGUUUUUUUUUCUUCUUUUUUUUCUAUAAUAUUAUUUCUCCUUUGAUAAGUUUAUUUUCUAAUUCUUUUUUUAAUUUCUAGUUUAUUUAAUUAUUUAGUUGGAUUUAAUUUAAGUUAUUUAGCUAAAUAUUUUACAAAAUCUUGAUUAAGUCCUUUUAAAUAAUAAAAAUUAUAAUAAGAUCAUAUAUUUAAUCGAAACUUUUUUUUCUUUCCCUCGAUUUAAUCCGAUUGUUAUUCAAUUCAAUUUUCACUCGAUUAAAUAUUUAAGGAUUUGCCAUACACUAAAAAAUAUUAUGUUUCUAUGUCCUUUUCAGGGUUGAUUUUUCAGAGACGUUCCGACUACGCGCCACAUCCGUCACAAAGCUAAGUUCUAUCCUUUUCUUAUUUAAAUUUUCUUUUACCUUUUAUUUAUUUUUAGGGUUUGAUUCUCGCCGUCAAUUAAUUCCUUCUACACUUACUGCUUUCUGUGUUAUUUUUCUGUCAAUUCUUCAAUGGUCAGGGUCAAUGCUUCAUGCUCAAGGCAAAUCCUUGCCCAUCAACCUUCAUUAAUCGAAGCUAAGUGUUUUACCCUUUUUUCUCGUAUUCUUACUUUUUUAUUGAUUAUGGUUAACCGUAUUCGAUGUCUGAACUAUAACGCACUCACCCUAUGUUUGUUUGCCUUUUCCAGGGUUUGUCAACCGCCAAAGCUACGAGUUUGGUAACCCUAAAACCUUAAUCUUGAUAUUUUUCUUUGUUCAUUAUUACUUAUGUCAAACCCUAUUAAGGGAUCCGCUGGUUACAAUUUCCCUCCCCCAUAUUUGUUAUAUUAAACUGCGUGGUUAGUAAUCCUAGGGAGUGUAACUUUGAAUCGAAUGUAGAAUCACUAAUUAUAAGAUAAAUUUCUGAAUAUAAUCACGUGAUUGGUGCACACACGCACACUUUUGGGUAACCUCUCUGUUGCCUUGUUGCCUGUUGCCUUGUUGCCUUGUAUUUUUUUUUUUUUGCAGAAUAGCCAGUCCCUCGAAUACGAGGAUACCUCAGCCAUGUUGCCUCGAUUAAAGGUCAUGGUCCCUAAUAAUGCUGCCUUCGAUACACUAACAUGACCUCGACCCUCGGAAGUUGCCUACGAAAAAGGCUGAGGUAUCUUCUGGUUGCCCACGAAAGGCUAUUCUGAUCCUUCCCCUUAGACUACCUGCCUCUCUAUGGCAUGGGUCAGUCUUUGAGCGAAUGAUAAUUCGAUGACCCUCCUACCUCCAAACGAAAGGCUUCCUGCCCUCUUAUGGCAAGGAUUGACCCUUUCAUUCCGAAAGGCUAAAAAGAGACCUAUCAUCUGAGUUUAAGGUAAUUGCCCCUAAUUGCCUUGCCAUGCUCUAUUUUCUAUAUUCUUUCUCAAAAUUCUUCAAAAACUGGCUACGCUCAUUUUACGAGGUAAAGUCCAUUUUUUUUCGUCUUUCAUCUACAUUUUCUAAAAACGAGCAAGCAAAGCAAUUAAGAGCCCAUGGAAAACCAUGGAUGCAAAGGGUGCCUUACACCUUCCCUUUGCAUAAAUUACCCCCCGAACUUAGAUUUCUUUAAAAGGUUUUUUUUCUGUUUCUUUUAGCCUUUCUGAAUUUGUUUGGAUAAAAUAAAAGUCGGUGGCGACUCAUGCUUAACCGCGACAUUUCGAUCGAUAAAAAGUCAGUUCACCGUAUUACAGAACUGGCGACUCUGCUGGGGAUUUUCGAUUAAAAGAGGGGUUACCUUAAAAGUUUAGGAUUCACUUAAAUGUUUUCUAUUGUUUGCUUUGUUUGUUUUAUCUUUCAGGGGCGUUUUGGGAAAAUUGAAGGACGAAUCCUAUUCCCGGAUUCAAGAACACUUAAGAUUAGGAGUGGCAUAGUCAUGGCGACCUCUUUCACAUAUGUGGGAGAUGAGUCAAUAUGAAGUUCACGCUUGAGUUAGGACUCCAUAGCAUAUGCACACCUUUCUCAAAUGAGGGGGGUCUAUGUAUGUGUCUGUGGGUGCGCCAGAGCUCAAGGACCUUUAGUUACCCUUAACCCAUCCUGGCCUUUAGGAACGUAGUGGGGGGACUACCCUUGACAAAUGUUAAGGACUAGUCGCUACCCGAUACUACAAUUCAGAUAGGUUCUUUCUCAAAGUAUCAUUGCAUGGUGCGAAUGCAUCAUGUCCGAGGGUGCUUUAGAAGGGCUGACAAUUCUGGAUAACUUGUAGAACCCGUUGCUGAAAUCUCCUUAUCCAUAGAAAUACCCUUGGGAAGGACACCUGAUCAGACUCCAUGCAAGCCUUAAGUCAAAAAUUGUGUGACUUGUGUGACUUGUUUGUGUUUGCUACUAACCUUUGUUCUUUGCAGGUUUUGUUAAAAGGACGUGUUUGCCCUUACUAUCUCACACUAUGCCUAAUGAAUUGCAUUCGCAUAACAUUCAUGACAUCAUGACAUCAUAAGCAUAACAUGAUUUAACUAACCCUUUCAAGGAUCUUAGGGAUUUAGGGCGCACAAUUUCAGGUGCCCUUAUCAAAGGUUGAUCUCCUAAUCAAGGGGCAAGAGGAUUUACUUUCCUCUGGCCACAUACCUUCCAAUUCAGAGAUCCAGUACCUAUCAAGGGGCAAGAGGAUUUAUUUUCCUCUGGCCACGUAUCUUCAAAUUCAGAAGUAUCCUGAAUCAGAGGCGAUGACCCACUCGAUAUGGUGAGCUUGAUUCUUAAAGAAGGACGCUUAAAAAUGAAAGCCAAGGUUCUUCAGACGAAGCUGUGACUGAUUAAAUUCCUAAAGUUGCUAACUAAAUUCCUUAAAGAUCCUUGAAAGCAUUUCAUUUGCAUUCAUAACAUUGCAUAACAGGUUUCCUAUGAUGGGUUUCUCAUCCUUCCUCGCUGUUUAUUUCAGCAUCAUGAAUCUCGAACAAUCAGUUAAGGAUCUUCAAGCUCAAAACACCGAGUUCCAUGCCUUGAUUCUGAAUUUGUCCAAAGGGCAAGAAGAGCUGAAAGCCAUGUUGACUAAAAAGAAGAAGAAAAAGGGUAAGAAGACUCGAGUAAAAAAGCUUAGACCAAUCUUGCAACUCAGGGAUGCUGAAACCUCUGAAGACAGUGAUGAGGAUGAGCAAGAUGAUAAUGCUAGUAUCAAAACCGAUGCAAAAAGUAACCACGAUUCUGCCAAACUCUCUGAAGAAGAAGAGGACUAUUACCAUGAGGGCGAACAUCCCGAUGACAAAUACAAGAUGUUAGAAGAGCGUCUGAGAAGUGUGGAAAUUCAGAAGGUACCUGGGCUGGAUUUUGAAGAGCUUGGACUUGUGCCUGGGGUCGUUAUUCCUCCAAAAUUCAAAACUCCCGCCUUUGCUAAGUAUGAUGGAGUCUCUUGUCCUAAACUACACUUGAGGUCUUAUGUAAGGAAGAUUCAGCCUCACACUACUGAUAAGAGGCUCUGGAUCCAUUUCUUUCAGGAAAGCUUAUCUGGAACUCAACUCGAAUGGUACUAUCAACUGGAAAGUACCAACAUCCAUACCUGGGAAGAUUUAGUUGUUGCUUUCUAUAAGCAAUACCAAUAUAAUUCCGAUCUCGCACCAACUCGCAUGCAACUACAAAGCAUGUCCAUGGGACCUAAAGAAAGUUUCAAGGAGUAUGCUCAAAAGUGGAAAGAUCUAGCUGGAAGAGUCAAACCCUCCUUAGCUGACAGAGAAUUGGUCGAUAUAUUUAUGAGUACACUGACUGGUCCUUUCUAUAGUCAUUUAUUGGGGAGUUCAUCAUCUGGAUUCACUGAACUCAUACUGAUUGGGGAACGUGUCGAGAGUGGUAUUCGAAGUGGUAAGAUUCAAAUGGCUACAUCUUUAGGUACUACAAAGAAGCAUUCUAAUGGGAGGUCAGAUUCCAAUGUUGUGUAUGGGCAGAAAAGUAUAAGCCAUGAUCAAUCUAUUGGGGCAGUUCUGAGCUCCACACCGGCGCCUCAACAGGGUCGUCAAAACAAACAAGAUAAACCCAGACGUCAAUUCACAAAGAUCAAUAUGUCGCUAGCUCAAGCCUUACAACAUCUACAAAAGGCAAAUUUGAUCACUCUGAGGGAUCCUCCUAAAAAUCCUAACACCUCUGCUCCUAGUUACAAACCCAACGCGAGGUGCGCAUAUCAUUCUAACAGUCCUGGACAUGACACGGAGAAUUGUUGGCCGUUGAAGAAUAAGAUCCAAGAUAUGAUCGACGCUGGUGAAAUUGAGUUCGACCAUCCUGCAACUCCCAAUGUGAUCACUGCUCCCAUGCCUAAUCACAACAAGAUUGCUAAUACUAUGGAUGGCUAGAAGGAUGAACUUUUUAGAUCAUUAGAUUUACUUUUGUUUGCAAUUUCUAUUCUGUUUGUUUAAACAUUCGACUUAUGAUAGACAUUAUCUAUUUUAAUAAUUAUCAUCAGUGCAUUGCAUAUGUUUGUCUUGAAUACAUUAUUUCGUUAUCAUUCAUUUCGAAUCACGUAUUUACUUUGCAUAUGUUUUGUGUUUAUUCAACUCCUGCUAAGCUGUAAGCCUUUUGAGGGAGGAUGACGAAAACGAUACCGCAACCUCAUACAGUAUGCUUUUGAACGGACUAUGUUGACGAUGUACAGGCAUUAUUUCAAUUCCUAAACAGUGGAGAUAUAAGGAUGAUAAUCCCUCGUUAACCCUUUUGAGCCUAAGUUGUAGGAGUUUUCUUUCUUGAAUAAUUCAAAACCUGUGAUCAUAACCUGGGGCAUGGUAGUUCUCAGUUAAUUCGGCUGUGCAUUCUAUUUUAAGAGAAUCAUUCAGUACACCUUUCAACAAAGGUUUCAAUCACAAACGUUCAACCGCACGCAUCAAAGAAGUGUCGGAAAUGUCAAUCAAAAGACAAUGACGGUUCAUCAAUCAAACAAGGCAGUCAUUAUCUUUCAAAAAGGAAAGAACGAAAAACAUAUAUACAAAGAAAAGCCUGCUAAGUCAAAAAUAAAAAAGAUGACUUAGGCAAAAAUCAAGGCAUCCCGCUGACUGUAAGCUCACAAUAGACAGUUCAGGCAAAAGUUAGGGAUAUCAAAAAGAUGAAAAAAGAGAAGUCAAUAAAUUCUUGAACAACACAAAGUUGUGACUACCAAAAGGAAGAAAUGAUUGCCAUAUCAGAAGUUCUCAUUACUUGCGAACCAUCAAUAUUAUCGAAGGCGCAAAUCCAUAGAUCUCUUGGAACUUGAAUGCAUAAGUCGAAUUAACUGAGCUUAGGAUCGAAGAACAUCACGAAGAGGGGUGGGUACAAAUAAACUUUGAGCCUUUAUCCUUUGUUUCUUAAACCGUGAACCAAGCCACGUUACAACCUUUGAAAGUCCUAAUUGAAACAUGGUUAGUUCGAAAGCAUACUGUUACCAAAAAGGUAUCCUGACUCCUUAAGGUUUACCAUAAAUUCCAAGUUGAUGUCACGUUUUUACAAACGGCAUGUUGUUAUAAAUAUCAUGUUCUUACAAAUGUCAUGUUUUUACAUCUCCUGCUUUAAUGUUUUUCAAAAACUCAAGACAAACGUAUGCAUUGCAUCUCAUGAAUACAUUAUUAAACAUAUUCUGCUACAUAAUUUCAAAUUUUAGCAACAGAAAGAACUUGCAACAGGGUACAACUAAUGACUAAAAGUUAUCCCGACAGACAAGAUUACUCCGAGAAGCCAUGUCUCUUACAUAUACAAAGGGGACGACACAUUCUGCCCAAUCAAUCUGGGGCAAUCCAGUCAAGAUUCCAAGAAUCUCUCAAAUUCCAAAUAGCCAGAGGCAUAUAUCCCAAGUGGAUUUCAAAUUAUUUCCCGAUCAAUCUGGGGCAAUCAAGUAAAGAUCCCGAGAAUCUCUCAAAAGCCAAAACAAUCAGGGGCAUGCAUCCAAGAAUAUCUGAAGCUACUUCACAAUCAGCAUGGGACAUUGUCAUGGGCCUAUGAUUACUAAAGGCAUGUUCUCCCAUAGUGCACAUCUCAUAAAGUCCUCGCGAGGCGAAUCUUUCCAAAAGUCCCUACUAGCAGGGGCAAAUCUAUGCAAGUCCAGUUUGACAUCUUGAUCAAUACUCAGUGGUGUGUCCUAAUCAAAUCCAGGAAUGAUAGUUACUAUGAUACUGGGGGCAACUUUCAAGACACCCACAUCUCCCCACAGAGUCAGGUUCAUAAGAUCAUAUCCCCACAAAGUAAUCAUUAAGAAGAUGUCUUCAAAAGUUCUCGUCCCGACACAGAUAUGGAUCCCCAACAGAGUUUACAUCUUCAACACUGUCGCUUCUCCAACACUUUGCUCUUCGCCAACAUGGUUUAUUAAUGUCUUUAUUCCCAAUCAGGGUACAUCAAGUUACUGAUCAUCCCCAAGCAAGAAUCAUAAAUCCCCGGUUGUACUUCUUCAAGACAAAAUCAAACGACAAAAUCACAAUGAUACAGAGAUUUAUUUUCUCAAGAUAACCCAAAUAGCAUAAAUCACUUUCAUACAUCAUGUGUCAUAGUAAAUUCAUACAUACGCCUCAUUGCCUAUGCAUAACACUUUCAUUCAUAAACAUUACAAUACAUGCAUCACAACAUUGCAUAAAACUA